UCCUCGCCUCCACCCGGCCUAUCAGCCCGGGGUGCGCCGAGCCGGAGGGAGCGGUGCGGGCCCGCCCCAGCCCGGAACCAUAGCGCUGCAGCCGGUGGUGCGCAUCGGGACUCGGCGAAAUGCUGCACAUGUCCCCCGUCCCCUCCCCGCCCCCGACCGCCGGACCUGGCUGGCGGCGGCUUCCGGCGGGGCGGGCGUACAGCGCCAUGGGGCGGCAGCGGAGGUUCUUGGAGGCGGCCGCAGAAGGGCUGGUGGGCGCCUGCCCCGGCCAAGCGCGUUUCCUGCUGUGGACGCUCCGCAACCGCCGAGAUAAUGAACAUGGAUUAGAAAGGAUAUGUCCUUACUGCUUCCAGUUCCUGGUUCCUGAUAGCUACCGGGUGCGUCUCAAACCAAAGAUGAAAGUGACUCCACAGAUAGAGAAAGUUCUAAAACGAGAGGCGAAGAACCAUAAACUUAAUAUGAAACAGACGAAGCUUUUGAAAAAGUUCAGGGAGUCAAGAAGUGUUCUGCUGGUUACUUGCAAGUCGUGCAAUAAAACAACAAGACAUGAUGGUAAAAGCAGGGAUUUUCUGUCUACCAAGACACACAGUUCUGGUACUCCAAGUAUUAAAUCCAGCCUGAGGACACCAGAUUUAAAAUUUCAGUCUGCAAACAAAGUGACACCUGUCAGCUGCAGUAGGUUGGGAUCUAAGGGGAAUAGUCCCUCAUCACUUCCCAGAACACAUCUAUCUGGACAGGCGACAACCAGCUCUGCUUCCAAGACUCCCCGAAACUCCAAAUUUCACUUUUCUAAGCUAAAACGGAUGCUUAACCUAGAAGAAAAAGAGAAAAGCCAGAAGGCAGAUUUGAAAACCUUCUUGACUUCACUUUAGUUAUGCAUUAUUUCAAGGUAAUAAAGAUCACAGCAAUAAGUAUUCUUCCAGUUUUAGUAAAUCAACAAAGUUUUUUUAAACUCAGGCUAGCAGCAUAUACCCUGUGGAAGUAUAGACCAUAUUUUUUAGAAGCAAGCUCUGCUUCUAAGAGGACUGCAAGAGGGAGAGGAGAAAGUAGCCAGUGCAAUAUUCUUGAGAAUCAUGAACAUGUUUUGCAGCCUCUAAUGGCCUAAGAGUUAAAAGUAUCUGUCAUUUGAGGAAGCUGACAAUACUGGAUCCAUCAGUGGGUCCAGCAGGACUAACAGAGAAGUUGGCAGACCUGAAAGCAAUUUGAAGGCUUGGGGAGUGGGGAAAAAGUUUGUUGCAGUUUCCUCCGCCUCACUGUCCCACUAUUUUUAAGAUAAUGCAUCAUCUUAAUUUUCCUAAGAAUGUAGUCUGUGAUUUGGACUGCAGACAAUACUGGUCCCGGGAUACUGUAAAACUGCACUCUUAUGGGGGGUGCUCCCGAUACUGACUGACAGCUCUACUCUGGACUGCUGUCAGCACACCAAUGUGGUAUUGCUAUGAGAGUGGCACAGUCAUAAGGAAUAUGGGGUGCUUACUUUCCAGUUGCUCUGGUGCUACUAAAAUGGGUCACUUUUGUCUCAUUCAGAAAUGACUAAUGAGAGAGCGUCCUUCUUAAGUGUCUUCCCAUUUUAUCAGGCGUCAGAGUUGCUUCCUUCCUGGACUUUGAUCUGGAAAACUAGGUUUGCACUGGACUAUCAUCAGCUCGUUGAAACAAAGUGUUUUGAUGUGAAUAGACAAUUGUCAAGGGUAAAGUGCUCUCCACUGUCAGAUUUUGCAUUUUGAGCUUGGCACAGAGGUGAGAAAGCACAGCAGAAAGUCACUGAUCAAGACUGAGUUUAUAGCCUGCCCUGUAUAUAGUCUGCAGCGACUGUUCUGCAGGAAGUGCUUCGGAUUUGCUCUCUUAAAAGAGAACCAGUUAAAAACAUUUACAUUAUCUAGUUUUAAGGCCAUUUUUUUUUUUUUUUUUUUUUUUUUUUAAUCUAAUUGUUUCUUUUAAGUGUCUGCAGACUCAAUGGACACUGCUUAAGAAUAGGAUCAGCAAACAAAUUGGCAGACUUGAAAGCAAUCCAGGGCAGGAGAGAAUAGUUUGUUGAAAAUUCUACUUACAGUCUCAAAGAUUGGCAUGUAACCUUUUUAUAUAUCCUGUACACUUGCACAAUAAUUUUGAAAGGUUCACUGCCAUGUGUUUCUUGCCUGUGUGUAGGAUCAAAUUAACUGUCAUUCUUUGAUCAAAAUAGAGACCUUGGAUUUAUGCCUUUUCCACUGUAGAACUUGGAAUUAAUUCAUCUGUUGUUGCUGUAGUUCUGAUCCAGUUCGAUCUUUCUCGAUGGAAAAUAUGCAUUAUAAAAAAGUAUUUGAAAAACAAGUUUUGCAAUAAAUUUUUAUAUUAAAAGUA